AUGGGAGUUGUGUUUCUGAAUCCAACCUUGCCUGUAGUGGCUAAGUUUCCAGGGUCGACAAAUGAGCUUAAGUGGUGUUGCAUUAAUAAUGGGUCUUCCUGGAAAAAUAGGAAGAAGAACAGUGUUUGUUGGCAGAGCAAUGGAUAUGUGACAACUUCUGGUGGGUUGUCCUCUCUUUUGACGAAGAGAUUGAUGCUGAUACCAACCACAGGGAAGAAGAUCGAGCGUGGAAGUUGUCUGGUGAAUGCAGGAAGCAUGGACUUAUCAUCAAAUGAGAAUCCUAAAGAUGACAUACAAGUGAAAGAUUUGGAGACCACUGAUGGUGUUGGGAUUGUUAAGUUUCUUAGAGGAAAGCGGUUUUUUAUUACUGGUGCCACUGGCUUUCUAGCAAAAGUUCUCCUGGAGAAAAUUUUAAGGACAGUGCCUGAUGUGGGUAAGAUCUUUCUCUUGAUUAAAGCGCAAAACAAGGAGGACGCAAUGAACAGAUUGAAGAAUGAAAUCAUAAACGAGGAACUUUUCAAAUGCCUGCAACAAAUUCAUGGGAAAACAUAUCAAUCAUAUAUGCUGAGCAAGCUGGUUCCUGUGAUGGGUAAUAUCUGUGAAUGUAAUAUUGGAAUGGAAGAAGAUAUAGCUGAACAUGUCUCAAGGGAAGUCGAUGUAAUCAUAAACUCAGCGGCCAAUACUACCUUUGAUGAAAGGUAUGAUGUUGCUCUGAAUAUAAACACAAGAGGAGCAUCCCAACUUAUAAGCUUUGCGAAGAGGUGUAAGAAACUUAAAGUCUUCCUGCAAGUGUCGACUGCUUAUGUCAAUGGUCAAAGACAAGGCAGAAUCUUGGAAAAGGCCUUCAGCAUAGGAGACUGCAUAGCAAGGGAGACAAUGAUUACUUCUGAAGCCCCUUCUACAUCUCUCCCUGAUCUGUUGGAUGUUGAAGGUGAGAUAAAGUUGGCUAUCGAAGACCAUGCAGUGGCACAAAAGAUGAAAGAAUUGGGCUUAGAGAGGGCCUGCAUGCAUGGGUGGCAAGAUACUUACGUAUUCACAAAGGCCAUGGGUGAGAUGCUGAUAGGCGAUCAAAGAGGAGAUAUACCGGUGGUUGUUAUCCGGCCGAGUGUCAUUGAAAGCACCUACAAUGAACCUUUCCCCGGAUGGAUGGAAGGAAAUAGGAUGAUGGAUCCAAUAGUGUUAUCUUAUGGAAAAGGCCAGCUCACAGGUUUUCUUGCAGACCCCAAGGGAGUCCUUGAUGUAGUCCCUGCCGACAUGGUUGUAAACGCAACAUUGGCAGCCAUGGCAAAGCAUGGUGCAUCAGGGAAACCUGAUAUGAACAUUUACCAUGUUGCUUCAUCUGUUGUGAACCCACUACUAUUUGAAGACUUGGCAAGAUUUUCCUAUGAACACUUCAGUUCCUCCCCUUACAUGGACUCAAUGGGAAGACUAAUUUAUGUCUCAAGACCGAAGCUGUUCAGUUCCAUGGAUGAUUUCUCACAUGAUUGGAGAAAUGCCAUCCAAAGAAGCCAGCAAGUACUGCCUGCAUCUGCUGCUUCCAGUGGAAAACUAUCUCGUAAACUUGAAAUUGUACGGAAGAAAACAACGGAGCAAGCUAAGUACUUGGCUAACAUAUAUGAACCAUACACUUUCUAUGGAGGAAGGUUUGAUAAUACAAACACCGAGAAGCUUAUGGAGGAGUUGUCUGAAGAAGAGAGGAAGAAUUUUGGAUUUGACGUAAGGAGCAUAGAUUGGCAACAUUACAUCUCAAAAAUUCAUAUUCCAGGUCUGAGGAAGCAUGUCAUGAAAGGAAGGGGGAAUGCCCAAUAUUAA